AUGGUGCGGGAUGGUCCAGGUAAGGCUGGCCCCAAGGGUGGUGGCAAGGAUGUGGUCAAUGGUACCGGCAACCCCCCGGCUGGUAAGGGUGGGUGUAAGGGUGGUGGCAAAACCGCAGCGACAGAGGAUGACGCAGGUGAGGAGGGGUUCAAGGGUACCGGCAAAGCUGCCGGCAAAGCCUCUGCUGGAAAGGAUGGUGCUGCCAAGGGUGGUUUCAAGGGUACCGGCAAAGCCCCUGCUGCCGGAAAGGAUGCUGCGACCCAGGGUGGCCCCAAAGGUACCGGCAAAGCCCCUGCUGCCGGAAAGGAUGGUGCGACCAAGGGUGGCCCCAAAGGUACCGGCAAAGCCCCUGCUGCCGGCAAGGAUGGUGCGGCCAAGGGUGGCCCAAAGGGUACCGGCAAAGCCCCUGCUGCCGGCAAGGAUGGUGCGGAUGGUGUGGGUCUUAAGGGUGGCCCCAAGGGUACCGGCAAAUCCCCGGCUGCCGGAAAGGAUGGUGUGGGUAAGGGUGGCUUAAAGGGUACCGGCAAAUCCCCAGCUGCCGGGAAGGAUGGAGGCAACAGGCCUGGCCAGUCAACGACCGCCCCUGCCACCGGUGAGACUGGAGAGGCCCUGCACACACCCCCACCAAGAACUGCAAUCGAGAAUAGCCCGAACACCGGCACACCCCCGACCAAGCCAGCCGAGACCAACGGCACAGUCGUUGCACCCAACAAGCCAACCAAUCCGGGACCCAAGGGUGCGGGGUGCAAGGGUGGCAAUAAAGGAACCACAACAACCGCAGCCAACGCGAGCUCCAGCGACGAGGGAGCCAAAGGCAAGAUCCCAACGAGCAAAGGCAAGGGCAAGGGCCAUCCUUCAGCGAAAGUUGGAUGGGACCAGGCAGACCAUUCAGUGCGUCGCCGAGUGUCGUUCGACGGUCUGGUCGAUCCAUCCUACGUUCGGAUACCGGCUCUGUCGGGCCCAAACGACAUCCCGUUGCAGCAGCGCAAGGCGCUCAAUGAGAGGCUUCGCAGGCGCAUGACCAGUGGCCAAGGACUACGCAAGGGCUUGGUUAACCAAUGGGCUGCGACCCCCGCGGGAUCGAUGGCACGGUUCGAAUUCUUGAAGGCCUUCCUAUUGGACAAGGACCUAUCGACAAUCGUCGUUGAGCCCUAUUACGAGGAGCGGUUGUCGGAGUCCAAAGAGAAAGAGACCUUCGAGGAGCUUCCUCUUUGCCUGAUCAAAGAGAGGUACAAGAAUGUGGAGGGCGGUGACAAAUUCGUGGAAGACCUCCAGAAAAGCCAGACUGGAAAGAAGCACCCACAGACUGACUGCCCCAAUUGGCGCAUUUACAAGAUCUUCAAAUCGAUCAGUACGACCAGUGCCUUGGGCAAGAUCAUCAGAAGCACUAUGUGUGUGUACUAG